AAUUUUCUCAUAUUCAUAAACUUCAUUCGAAGCAGCAGAAACCCCAUAAAUUUACACAAAUCGGUUCAACUGAUUUAAAGUUCUAAUUUAUAAUUUAUGUAGAAAAAAUUGGGCUAACUUGACAUUAUUAUUUAUAUCAACUCUAAUUACAAAUUAUGGAAAAUUUAGCAAAUUCGCAGUCGGUGUCAUCACAAAAUAACACCGCACCCAUGAUACACGAGGCAAUUAUAGGAAUAGCACAGUCGCAGUCAUUGUGUGUUACAAAAAUUGGGAACUCGCAACCGGCGACACACACCGACGUUGGUGCAGAAAACUCGCAAUCUAUGACACACGCCGACGUUGGUGCAGAAAACUCGCAACCCACGACACACACCGACGUUGGUGCAGAAAACUUGCAACCUGCGACACACGCCGACGUUGGCGUUGGAAAUUCGCAACUCACAACACACUGUGACGUCGGAAUCGGAAGCUCGCAACCAACUACACACACCGACGUUAGUGCAGGAAACUCGCAACCGACGACACACGCCGACGUUGGUACAGGAAACUCGCAACCGACGACACACGCCGACGUUGGUGUUGGAAAUUCGCAACUCACAACACACUGCGACGUCGGAAUCGGCAACUCGCAAUCCACGAUGAUGUAUAUAGAUGUAGGAACCGGAACCUCAAAGUCAGGAAUGACAUUUGCUGAUGUAUCUAUUGGAACUCCUCGGGUGGCAGAAAAAAGUAAUGUUAAUGUUGCAAAAAGUGUUGAGGGUCACGAAGGUGCUGUCAAUCAAAUAGAUCAUGAAGCUGAGUCACAAUCAACCGACUUUGAAAUUUCUCAGCAUUCCUGUACGUCUCAACAUAGCCUGACAGGUGGAAACCUUUCGGACGGCCAUGAUGAUAGCGCUGAUAAUAUCGACGAAAACGAAGGGUGUCAAUCUCAUGAUCAAGAACUGAGCGAACCAGAUAUCUACAGUCACGACGACGAUCUUUCCGACCCGCCUUCGCCAACACAUGACACCACGACCGAAAUGAUUAGCAGGAGUUCCAGCGCUUCUGAUUCUGUAUUUACACGUUAUUCUGCAAAUGGAAGUAAACGCCGCCGAGCUCUUGGACCACUUCAACAACAAGUUCCUACUUCUGUAAACUCCUCUCGUUGUCGUGAUUCAGCCGCAUUUACGAAGAGCAAUAAUCGAGAAAAUGGUGAAUUGCGCUUCGUUCCAUCUGGUAUUGGUGAAUUUGUUAUCAAUUCCGAGGACAGUGUGCGCAUAUCUCCGUCAUCUUCAAAAGGUUCCAAAAUUCGUGGAAAGAGAGAUUCUUCAUGUGGAGAUAACUUUCUUCUUCAGCGGACUCAUGCAAUAAUUCGAGUGAAUCCACAACAACGACUUCGUCUUGGCUUAUCAAGACGUGUUCCCAUUCCACCGUUGCAUCCUGGUCUUCGUCGCAAUGAUGAAAAUGAAAAUUGAGCAAGACUUUCCUCUAAAUCCAAACAUUUAAAAUGCCAUUUUCAAAAAGAAUUACACUGUUCUUUGUUUAACAAUUGAUUUUUUUAGUCGCGAACAAAUCGUUAUAAUCUUAAUUUGUAAAUGUGUUGUAAAAAUAUUUCCUGGUAGAUUGGUUCUCAUUAACAAUCCGAAUAUGUACAUACAUACACUAUCCGUAUAUGUAAAUAUGUUGAAUGGUUCUAGUAAGUAAUCGUUGAACUUUUAUGUACUUGUUAUUUUCAAAUCUUUCGUAUGAAAUAAACUUUGUGAUUUAUGUAUAUAUGUAAAACCUA